UCUUGAAACACCAUUGGUACAGUGAUGAAGCUGUUCGUCGAGACUCAGAGUGGCUCAUCCUUCGAGAUUGAAGUGGAUCACAAGGAUACACUGUCAGAGGUCAAACAGAAGAUCGAGAAGUGUCAACGUAUCCUUGUUUCCAAACAAACCCUUCUCUUCGACGGCAUAGUUCUUCAAGACGAUCUUAAUGUCGAACAAUACAAGAUCGUCUACGAAUCUCGUCUCCAACUCUUCGUGUCUCCAGACCAUAACCUUAAUCACAAUCAACCCGAGCAAUCUCCUCCACCGUCAAACUCGACAGAACAGAUCAUCGCCGGUCAUGAUCAAGAUUCGACUGCAACAGAAAAUGUCAUCAACCCUUAUUAUCAAGAUUCGACUGUGCCUCAGACCGAGCAAUCUCCAUCGUCAAACUCAGUCGAAGAGAUGAUCACUAACAUUCAAGAUUCGUCUGUGAAGGAGAGAAUCCGGAACAAAAGGAUUGUCGUAUACGUUUUGCCGUAUUCAGGUGAGAGUGAAGCUGCCAAGGAGAUUCCGGUGGCUGUGAGUGUGAAGAUGAACGAUAACGUGGAAGAACUGAGGAACGAGUUGGUUAAGAUAGACGAGAGGGGUGAGUUGAAUCUGCCUGAAGAAGGGUAUUUUCUUAUACACAAAAACAGAGUACUGAACGAGAAUCUCUCAUUCUGGGUGGUUGGUGUUGAUCACGAAGAUACAAUUCAGAUCCUUCCUACACAUCUUACUCGUGGCUCUUUUAUCCUUGACUCUUCUUAA